CAAACCCGGAAGCGGAUCGAGCAGAGAAGGGGCGCGCUCGGUAUAAACUUACCUGAGAAAGAAGACCAGAAGAGGGAAAAAAGGAGGAAUGACUCUUUUCCAGGGAUGGUUAACAUUCAGGGAUGUGGCCAUAGAAUUCUCUCAGGAGGAGUGGGAGUGCCUGGACCCCACUCAGAGGGCCUUGUACAGGGAUGUGAUGUUGGAGAACUACAGGAACCUGGUCUCCCUGGGUGAAGAUAACUUCUCUCCAGAAGUUGGAAGCCCUUCUGCUGGAUUUACAGUCAAGGAAUUAUCACCAGUAGAGAACAUUAAUAAAGGAGAAUUUUACCACUUAAUAAUACUGGAGAGAAAUGAAAGUCAUGGCAUCAAGGAUUUUGAUCUCAAGGAAGUCUGGGAAAAUAUGCACGAGUUAGAGAGUCAGUGGGAGUAUGAUGCAAGAAAUUACAAAGUAGUGCCUUUGACCCAGGACAAAAAGCUCACUUGUAGAAAAGACCAGCAAGUUAAUCAGUCCUCAGUUACUCUUCCUGAAAAGCAGAGUGUUUCUGUAAGAAAUAAUACAUACCAGUAUUUCAUGGAUGAUGAGCCACUUACAAGGACUUUGUUAAAACGGGAUGGUAACAGAAGUGGUUCUGGAAACCAGUACAUAAACUGCGUGGAAAAUAGAAUUGGAUUAAGUUUGCAGGCACAUCUGGCUGAACUCCAGAGAUUUCACAGUGAGGAGAAAAUGUAUGAAUGUAAUCCAACUGAGAAGUCUGUCAGCAAUGAUUCCUCAGCCUCACCACUUCAAAGAGUUCCUCCCAGUUCCAAAAACAUUUGGAAUAAAUCUAGCAAGAUUUUUAAAUAUCCUUUGUUACCUGCACAAUACAAGACAGCAUACACUAGAGGAAAAUAUUACAAAUGCAAUGACUGUGGGAAGACUUUUAGCAAAAGCUCAAACCUCAUAAGUCAUGAGAGAAUUCAUUGUGGACAGAGACCUUACAAAUGUAAUGACUGUGAUAAAGCCUUUACAUACCGUUCAAAUCUUACUCGACAUAAGAAAAUCCAUACUGGAGAGAAACCUUACAAAUGUAACGAGUGUGGCAAAACAUUUACCCAAUGUGCAAACCUUACUAGGCAUCAGAUAAUACACACUGGAGAGAAACCACACAAAUGUAACAUGUGUGACAAGGCUUUUAACCAAAGUUCGAGCCUUAUGGCACAUCGGAGAAUUCAUACAGGGGAAAAGCCUUAUAAAUGUAAUAAGUGUGAUAAGGCUUUUAUCAAACGUUCAGACCUUUGGUGUCAUGAGAGAACUCAUACUGGGGAGAAACCUUACAAAUGUAGUGAGUGUGGCAAAGCCUUUGCUGAGCGUUCGAAUCUUACUCAACAUAGAAGAAUCCAUACAGGACAAAAACCUUAUAAAUGUAAUAAAUGUGAUAAGGCUUUUAUCAAACGUUCAGACCUUUGGGGUCAUGAGAGAUCUCAUGCUGGUGAGAAACCUUACAAAUGUAAUGAGUGUGCCAAAGCUUUUUCCCAUUUUGCAACCCUUAGUACACAUAAGAAAAUACAUACUGGAGAGAAACCACACAAAUGUAAUGUGUGUGACAAGGAUUUUAUCCGAAGUUCAAGCCUUAGGAGACAUCAGAGAACUCAUACAGGAGAAAAAUCUUAUAAAUGUAAUAAAUAUAAUAAGGCUUAUAGCAAACAUUCAGACCUUUAGAGUCACAAGAGAACUCCUACUGGAGAGAAACAGAUGUAAUGAGUGUGGCAAAGCCUUUACGGAGCAUUCACAUCUUGCUCAGCAUAAGAAAAUCCAUAUUGGAGAGAAACCUUAUAAAUGUAAUGAGUGUGGCACAGCUUUUAGUCAAUUUGCAAAACUUACUAGGUUUCAGAAAAUACAUAGUGAAAAGAAACAGUGUAAACCUGAUAUGUGUGGCAGUGCUUUUAUUCAAAACUCAAGCUUUGGGGAUCAUCAAAGAACUCAGGAGAAAGAAACCUUGCAAAUAAAAUGAGCAAGUGUUCAGGCCUUACUCAACAUCAGAGAUUCCAUCAUGGAGAGGAACCAUAUGAAACUAACGUAUGUGGCAAAGUUUGCAACCAGGGUUCACACCACACCUGGUAUCAGAAUAUAAAUGUCUGAAAGAAAGCACACAAAUGGAAUGUAUGGCAAGGCUUAUCCAAAGCUCAUAGCUUGCCGACCAUAAUUCUUGCUAGAGAAAAACCUUACAAAUGUAAUGAGUAUGAUCAACUUUAUAAAUUGUACAACUUUGGGAAAGGGGAUAAAAAUAAUUGAACGGGAUUAAGAGGUACAGACUUCCAGUGAUAAAUGUACAACUUUGUGGUUGCAAGAAUUCACAUACAAUGGAACCCAUACCAGUGUGUCAUGGUCUUUACCUCAGGAAACACCAAAGAUUUCAUACUGGAGAGAAACAAAUGUAAUGAAGGUGAUAAUUUGUUUACCCGAUCCUUUGAAAGGACUACAGUAAGAAAAUUCAUACUAGGGGGGGGAACUAGGUUUAUUUACAGCAUUAACCAAUCUUAGAUGUUAAAUUCCACAGAAAAUUAGAAUUAUUUAAAUUCAUGAGAUGAAGUGUUUCAGUGGGACAAGUAUAUCUGUGGAAGGACCUAAUCAUCUUCUGUUUAAAUCUUUUUUAAAGAUUUUAUUUUCCACUCUACACCCAUCAAGGGGCUAAAACUCCCAACUCUGAGAUCCAGAGUCACAUGCUCUUCCGACUGAGCCAGCCAGGCACCCCUAUAACUUUUUUUCUAAAUCGUUUGAUUGUCCUUGGGACUAGAUUAUUAUUGAUGACUUAUAACCUUAAGUUUGGAAUCCUCUGAUGUUAUACUUUAUUACAUGCAUUUCAUUUGUCCACUGUGGUGGUCUCAGAGAAUCCUGGAUCAGUCAGGUGAAAGGAGCCUGUUUGAUUAGGUCGGGUUCAGUAAUAGUAUAUACCCUGGAAGAACUAGGAUGCUAAUUUUAACAUAAGUUUUAGUAUAAAUUUGAGAGCAUGAGGAGUGGCCGGAAAUAGAUGUAAAACUGUUAUCUAAAUUGCCAUGUUUUCUGUGGUCACAGCCCCUUUUCUAGAUUCAUUGGUAUGAUUGAGAGGCUUUGCUGAUUUUAUUACAGGGAAGGAUUCUCUGUCAGAUGAUCAUGAAACAGUAGGUUGGCACACUGAGAGAAUGAGAUUUUCACAUGAGAAUGAUAGGUUACUAGGGAUGGCAUGUGUGGUAGAAAAAAUGGAUGGAGAAUGAUGGUCUUCCCUCUUUUGAAAGGUGAUAGCUAUUGUGUAUCAUGGAUGAGUAAAAAUGAGUCUCAUGUUUGGAAACUGAAGAGAAAGUUCUAGAGGAGAUUUUAAUCAAAAGAAGCAAAGUAGGGGCGCCUGGGUGGGUCAGUAUGUUGAGAAUUCGGCUGGAUUUCGGCUCAGGGUUGUGGGAUAAACCGCAUUGUUAGGCUCUCUGCUGAAUGUGGGACCUGCUUAAGAUCGUCUCUCUCUGCCCGUCUCACCUAUUCAUGCUCUCUCUGAAAAAACAAAACAAAAACCUAAAGGUAGUGUGCUUGUGAAAGAUUCAAAAUUGGCCACUGAAAUUCCAUUUUGAUACUAUUGUAUUUAGGAUACCCUGUGUUGCUUAGUGAGUGAAAGCUUUUGUGUAAUGCUGAAUGAAUCAUGUGCCUUCUCUUAGCCCAAGUGCAUCCCAACUCAUUGGGGCAUUUCAUAAUGAAUACUAAUAAUACAUCCUUGGGCUCUCUAGGUUGAAUGUGAUCCAUAACAAUUCUUUUCCAUGUUAGAUUCAAACCUACAGUUUUGGAAAUAAAUAUUCAUAAGUUGAAUUUGAGAGUUAUGCACUCAAUAGUAUAUCCCAGAUGAUUUUUUUGGCUCUGAUGAAAAUACCAUAGCAAUGCAAUUUCAAACUCACCCCCCUACAACCUGCCUUCCCAUUCAUGAAUAUACACUGUAUGAUUAUAUUUCUACAUGCCUUUUGUGCUGAAAUGAGACCCGUGUGUUGUACCUUUACAAUAAAUGAAAAUAUAAAAGUCAUAGGCAUAUGAAAAGUAUUAGGAACUAAAAGAGUAUUUCAGAGGUAAGGAUAAAGGUAACACAAUCUAUAUUUUGUGCUGGAGUGCUCAGGGAAAUAAUUUGAAAAUAUAAAUCUUCAUGAGUUUACUGUCAAGAAUGGACAUACACAAUGGGAAUCUUUUGAUGACUAGAAAUCUCACAUAUUUACCCUCUAAGACAUUUUUUGCUAGUUGCACUUAUGCUUACUCCACUGGAACAGGAUGUUUGGAUGUAAAGAAUGAUGAUUGCCUACAAUUAAGUGUUCACAGAAUGUUUAUUACAUAAAGAUACUUUCUCAGAGCAGAGUAGACUUCUCAAGUUCUGAAAAUGGCUAGAGAAAAGCAGGAAUGGUGGCUACUUUGUUAUGAUGCAUACUGUGUGGGGCCGGGGUGAUAGUAAUUUACAGUGUGAAUUUACAACUACUGCCUAGGGAAGGGCCUCUCAGGCUUCUCUCCAUAAUAGUACAAGUAGACAAAAUCAAUACCUAGUGACUGAAAGAACUAGUCAGUUUUGCAGAAGCUUUUCUGCAAGUAUCCUUGAAUUCUCAUGGGUUUAUAAGAACAAACAUUUAUUUCUUCCUCCUAUCACAUCUAUCAUUAUUCACCCUUCCUUCGUUCUGUCAUUGAGUCUGGGAUUCACAGUAGAACUUAAGUCUAUGUGGGACAUAACCAUUCUUGCACCAGGGAGAAGAGAGGGUUAGAAGAACCAAACAAAGGUUUUAAAGUUUCCAUUUACAAUUAAAAUGUGUCAAUCUGCUCACAUUGGUCAAGCUGUCUAUUAAUUGGGAAGAAAGUAUAAUCCCCUCAACAAGAAGGAAGGGUUGCCUAAGUCAAGUGGCCAAGUUGAUAUCAAAGAGCAGAGACAUAUACUCUCACAAGAGGGUGAUAAUUAAUUGGAAAUAUUAAAAUGUAUGAUAGCACAACUUCUAUCAGAAAUCAUUUGUACCUUCUUUGUAUUUCACACAAAAUACUUUAAUCCCAAAAGAAAAACAAAACUCUACCCAAAUGUGACUAUGGUCACACAUGAGGGUCUUGUAACAGUCUCAUGAAAUUCCUCUUGGUUGAGAUCCUUAUGUAGAGUCCUCAUUCCUAACAUAUAGUGGAAUACAAAAAAACUCAAUAAACCUUCCCAUUCAGAAAAGAAAUGGAAAGGAGGGACCCCGAAUUCUUCCCCAUCUCCUAAGGUCUUCCCCUUGUGCCCUGUA